GCAGCGUUAUAUGUUGAAACAUGUAGAGUGUAUAAGAUUGUUUUCCAGUCUCAUCGGUUUUUAUUUACUACUUUUCAUCCUUUGCGGAUGUAGCCGUUUCCAUUUCCAACAUCUUCACUAGCCUUGCAGAAGUCAAAAGUUAUUAUGAUUCCCUGUAACGAGCCAACAGAUCCCAUACCGUCUUUUGAGGAAGAUGGCUUUCCUAUUCGCUAUCUGGGUAGUACCACUUUCAAUGUUAAAGGGAAGAAAAUUGACAUACAAAUUCUACAACGACCGCUCCUCGAGCUUUAUUCGAAGGCUAGACGUAGAGGCGAAGACCAACGGGCAGUCCAUCCUCUGGGUUUAAACCAGAUUCUUCAUGUGUCUGAUUAUGGACUUGUAGUGGCGGAAAGUAAUCAGGAUCACGAGACUGGCGAUGCCAUUGCUGUGGUAACCAAAGUCCUUACUCCAGUUUCGAGUCUAGCUCUUUGGGCUGCAGUGAGAUUCCAUACUCGAGUAAUGAAGCGUAAAGCCUUUGGUGCAGCUUUCGUGCCUCUGGCCUGUUCAGAAGCCGUCGUUAAUGAAGACCAGUACACCCGACUUGCUAACAAACAACGAUUUCUAGUUAGUUUAACUCAUCCAUCGUUGUUCACCUGCCUCUUCCGUCGAGUUGCUUCUCCUAAGUCUGUCGAGUGUCACGCGUUUCUUUGCUCUAGUGCCGAAGAUGCUAUGACCAUUUGCUCUAUAUUAGGAGACACAAAACAGCUAUGUGAACGCGUUGGUUCUAUAGAACUUUUGGUUGAAGAUGGAAUAAGCAGUCGGGCUUCAGACUUUUCGGGAAGAUACGACGCUACUCAUCUUCAGCGUGAACUGACAGCAAGAAUAGAAACGCCGUCUUUAAUCAGCCAUUCAAAUGAACCUAUCACACGAAAUCAUUAUCACAAAGAAAAGUGUAAUGGCAGUAAGAGCCAAAUUAAUGGUCAACUAAUGGGAAGACGCUUUGAACGAGAACUGAGAGAUAUUCCUUCUUCGCCAGAUUCAGGGCGAAGAUAUGUCAAAAAUAAUUCCAAAAUGUCCCGUCACAAAAGAGUUGAUGACUAUUCAUCCUCUCCGAGUCUCGAAAAGAGAGAACGUCUUCAAAAAACUCGGAGCAAAUCCUGCGAGAGGAGAGCAAGCAAGUACAAUACUAAAAUAUCUCGCAAUUCGAGAAGCAAGUCCUGUGAAAGAAUGUUAGAUGAAAGCCCCUCUUCGCCUUUUGGAGAGCAAAGGCAGUUGUUUUUCGGAAAUUGCAGAUCAACUCCUGGUGACCGGCGAGAAUUUUUCUCGAACUUGGAUAUCAGAAAACCAACUUUAGAUGAACAGUUUGGAAAAUAUUGCUCUGAAGACAGCUAUUCAUCUCCUAGUCUUUUACGAAAACACCUUAAACAUCGCAGCAAAUCAGCUGAACGAAUAGCUAAUGAUAUUUCAUCUUCAUCAGACACUGAUGGAAAGCCUACGACCAUAAAUCGUAGUAAAUCAGCGGAGGGAAUUUCGCAAGCCGCGCAGUUUUCAACAAAAAUCUCUGAAAACACCACAAAUAGAACUAGAGAAACUGAAGUAAAGUCUUACAAUCAGGAAGAGAGAUUAAGACCAAAAUUUUACACUGCAAACGCCGGGAAUCUAUCGUCAUCAACUGAGUGGAGGUGGAAUGAUUUUCAGCAGGACUCUUUGAAAUCACUGGAUUUGGAAACAGAACCGUGCAGGUUACCAGAACACGAACGUAGAUACAUACAGGAAGUUAUCAGAAGACACACUAACAUACACGGAGUCAGACCAAAUCCGAAGAUUAAGCUAGCCAGCCAGAGUCAAGAAGGGCAGGAUAGUGCCUUCAGACGACUUCAAUCCAGAGAUGUUUCUCAAUCACUGCCGAACUACUUCGAACAAGAGGAGACAGAAAGCACAAGUAGUAGUGUGGCCCCUCUACGAGAAACCACAGUAAUAACACGAACAAUGGACUUUGGAAGUGAGAGUGAUGCGCGGUCUUUGUAUGGAUCAGUACUAUCCACCCAGAAACAUCCACAAAUUGAAAAUCUCAAUCGAAUGUUCAAAUCCAAACAGUUUGAAAUAAAUGGAGAAAUAGGUGAUUUUAAAGACAUGAGAAACUCGAGUGAUAUUCGAGAACAAAUUAAUCAUGCGUCUGAUAAACACUUGAUUAAGAAUGAUUCAUUUUCAGCAUCUAUUGACAGUCACUAUCUAGACAGUGAAUUAUAUGCUGUUCCAAGAAAAAAUCAUUAUAACUCCAUGCGUAAAGGCAGUAAAAAACAAGGUCUUGCAGCGACAGAGCUAGUUCAAGAUGUGGAACUUGGUAGUAAGAGUGAAUGCUCUUAUUCGAGUAAUCAAAGCGAUAACUGGCAACUUCAACGUAAUAAGGAGCAUAAUAUCACGCGAAGUAUGAUCGGAGAUGAUAAUGAAAGCGGAGACAGUCAAUCAACUCUGAAGCACGAAAAACACACCUCUUUCAAAACUAGAGAUGCUUAUGGACCAGAAGAUGUCCACGAAAUGACCUAUAGCAAAUAUAUGAAAACAAACGAAUUUCAAGAAGCCAAUGACGAGACUCUUGCCAAAAUGAAGAGGAACGGAACUACUAAAGUUGUCAUUAAUGUGCCCUAUAAAGAAGGAUUAUCGUAUGGUCAGGAUCGAACAAACUAUAUUGCAACUGGGAUCCGAACCUUUCAUAAGCACAACAACGUGAAGAACUGGUCCACAAUGAGCCAGGGUUCAGAAGCAUCGUACAAAGGUUCGAUCACACACAAUGGAGCUGCCACACUACCCCUGAACAGAGGUCAGCAAAAGUCCAUAAGGUUUUCAUCAGAUGACCAUUUGAACAGAAAACCAAGUUUCCUGGCGAGUUUUAAACGAAUGAGCUUAAAAUCACUGAAGAGGGCUAGAAAGAAAUUUGCUAGUUUCAGAACUAAAAAAAAAGUCCCAUCGAAAAGGAAAAAGGAGUGUGAAAUUUCUGAGGACUCGGCCUACGAUACUUCUGAAGUGUGUUUGAGCCCUAAUGGUGGACAAAUAGUUAAAAUAAAAAAUCCCGAGAGAUCCUGGAGUUUCCAAGAUCUUCCAACAGAACAUUCCCAGUCACAAGGGGUAGAAAACGGAAGCAGUGGUUCGCAAAAAGCUCAAUCUUCGAAAAAGAACGGUGGUCUCUCGAAAAAACGCUUUCGUAGAUUGCGUCGUCGCGGCUCCGGAAGCAGCCUUUCCUAUGAUUCUGGAGUAGAUGACUACCAUUCCGAUCAUUCGAUACCAUUACACAACCAUUAUAAGUCUGACUCCGAACUAAACCGUGGAACAACAAUAAACAUUCGUCACGGUAUUAGUGAACGGAAAUUCCAACACUGGUCUCAGACUGACCUAGCUGAUGAACUUGGUUAUAUUCCAUGAAGCUGUUACGUCACAUUGGCCUGUUAUGAUUAUUGCUCAUUACUUACCCUAAUCAAGAAAUUAUUUUGUAGUUUUAGUUCUCUGCUUAUAAAUAACAUUUGUAGUUUUGUUUUCUGUGUGACUCAGAAAACACGUUUUAAUCCUGAUGCCUAAGAAUGAGAAACAAUCUGCCAUAUUUCCACUGAGAAAGAUAUUUUCACUUACUUCUGUGCAAACUUGUAUUAAAGGGGCGUAAUUGUUUAGGGAGGGGAGAAAACAAAAUUUCAUUUCGAACUUAAGAAAUUAUAAUAUAGGAACGAAAGUAAACUAUAAGUAAUUGUUAUUCAAGGCUGAUAACACUAAACAUGGACAUCGUGUGUGCAGCACACUCACGUUACCAACUUGGCGCGUGCCACGUGCAGCAGCAACGACUGAUGCGUACAACGUGGCAAGUAAUAGUGUUCUACCGUCAUGUUGUGGGUUUAUCAAGAAUAUCGUGGCAAGUAAUACUGUUAUGUCAUCAUGUUGUGGGCUUAUCAAGAAUAUCGUGGCAAGUAAUACUGCUCUAUCAUCAUGUCUUACCAAUAAUAUCGUGGCAAGUAAUACUGCUCUACCGUUAUGUCUUACCAAUAAUAUCGUGGCAAGUAAUACUGCUCUACCGUCAUGUCUUACCAAGAAUAUCGUGGCAAGUAAUACUGCUCUACCGUCAUGUCUUACCAAUAAUAUCGUGGCAAGUGAUACUGUUCUACUGUCAUGUCUUACCAAGAAUAUCGUGGCGAGUAAUACUACUCUACCUUCAUGUCUUACCAAGAAUAUCGUGGCAAGUAUUACUGCUCUACCGUCAUGUUGUGGGCUUAUCAAGAAUAUCGUGGCAAGUAAUACUGCUCUACCGUCAUGUCUUACCAAGAAUAUCGUGGCAAGUAAUACUGCUCUACCGUCAUGUCUUACCAAGAAUAUCGUGGCAAGUUAUACUGCUCUAUCAUCAUGUCUUACCAAGAACACCGUGGCAAGUAAUACUGUUCUACCGUCAUGUCUUACCAAGAAUAUCGUGGCAAGUUAUACUGCUCUAUCAUCAUGUCUUACCAAGAACACCGUGGCAAGUAAUAAUGUUCUACUGUCAUGUCUUACCAAGAAUAUCGUGGCAAGUUAUACUGUUCUGUCAUCAUGUUGUGGUCUUACAAAGUUUAUCGUGGCAAGUAAUACUGUUCUGUCAUCAUGUUGUGGUCUUACCAAGUUUAUCGUGGCAAAUAAUACUGUUCUGUCAUCAUGUUGUGGUCUUACAAAGUUUAUCGUGGCAAGUAAUACUGUUCUGUCAUCAUGUUGUGGUCUUACCAAGUUUAUCGUGGCAAAUAAUACUCUUCUGUCAUCAUGUUGUGGUCUUACCAAGUUUAUCGUGGCAAGUAAUACCGUUCUAUCGCUAUGUUGUGAUCUUACAAAGAAAAUCUUGGUAAGUAAUACCGUCAUGUCUUACCAAGAACUUCGUGGGAAAUAAUACUCCAUAAAGUAAUAAUUUGAUCUUACCAAUAUUUUAUUUAAUUGACACUCUACAACGUCAUCUUGUGAUCUCACAAAAUGUAUCACAGUAAAUGAUAAUGCAUAACAUUAUCUCGUGUUAUUAUCAAAAUCAUUGUAAUUGAUACUGUACAACGUCAACACGAGUUUUGUCAAUAUCUUCCUAUCUAACAACAGCAGAAAUGCAUAAACAAGUUAAUCAAGUUUGGAAAACGUUAACAACGUUCUGUUUACAAGAAAACGUAAAAUAUCUUUCAAGCGUCGUAGCAACUACUACUACACAACGUCAUAUUUAUGUUCUUACUAAAACCAUCUUGGUAACUAAUAAUGCACAACGUCAUAUUUAUGUUCUUACUAAAAACAUCUUGGUAACUAAUACUACACAACGUCAUAUUUAUGUUCUUACUAAAACAUCUUCGUAACUAAUACUGCACAACGUCAUAUUUAUGUUCUUACUAAAACCAUCUUGGUAACUAAUAAUGCACAACGUCAUAUUUAUGUUCUUACUAAAACCAUCUUGGUAACUAAUAUUACACAACGUCAUAUUUAUGUUCUUACUAAAACCAUCUUGGUAACUAAUAUUACACAACGUCAUAUUUAUGUUCUUACUAAAACCAUCUUGGUAACUAAUACUGCAUUACGUCAUCCUUCGGUUUUACUAAAACAUCUUGGUAACUAAUGCUGCACAACGUCAUAUUUAUAUUCUUACUAAAGACAUCUUGGCAACUUAUACCGCAUUACGUCAUCCUGUGAUUUUACUAAAAUAUCUUUGCAACAAAACCAUUAUAAUUAAUAAUAUACUACAAUGAUGUUCUGAUAUUACAAAGAACAUUGUUGUAAAUAAUACCGUUCUAUCAUCAUUUUGUAGUUUAACCAAAAACAUGGUGACAACUGAUAUUGUACAUCAUUACAUUCUACCGUCAUGUUGUGGUUUAACCAAAAACAUGGUGACAACUGAUAUUGUACAUCAUUACGUACUACCGUCAUGUUGUGGUUUAACCAAAAACAUGGUGACAACUGAUAUUGUACAUCAUUACACACUACCGUCAUGUUGUGGUUUAACCAAAGACAUGAUGACAAAUAAUGUUGUACAUCAUUACAUACUACCGUCAUGUUGUGGUUUAACCAAAAACAUGGUGACAACUGAUAUUGUACAUCAUUACAUACUACCGUCAUGUUGUGGUUUAACCAAAAACAUGGUGACAACUAAUAAUGUACAUCAUUACAUACUACCGUCAUGUUGUGUUUUUAUUCUCCUCAAAUUUGUCUUGGUUAACUUGCUAUCGUUAAAUAUGAAGAUCUUGACAAAACUCUGCCAUUGUUUUAUCUUCGGGCAGCAGUGACUAAUUUGCAUAUAUUAAUUACACAAAGAAAUCGUUAGCACUAGUAGUUCAAAAAUAAAUAGAUAAAACUCUUGGUACAAUUUGUCUUUAGAAAAAAUGUUCUGCCAUUCCUUGUUUUGAAGAAGUGUAUCAUUACUUAUGAGAUAAACAAUUUGUUGUCAUUGGUGUAAUAAGUUUCCCAAUGUCUUAUUACGAUUAUGUUACCACGAUUCCACUGAAACUACGAAAGUUAUAUUUCUCUAAGUCACCUUCGUAUCUUAAAAUCUAUUUCAAACAUCAAUUUUUCCUGCUUAAUUAAUUAGGUGUCGUGUGUUAUCUCUACGUUCGGAAGGAAGAUUAUCGAGAAAAAAAAAAAUCAGGGUGUUUGAGAGUAUCUCUACUGGACCAUCGAUAAUAAGUAACUAUGUCCGAUCAUUGCGCCGUUUCCGUCAUUGUUCAACACAAACUUUCUUUUUUUUCCCUCUGACGUCCAAGAGGAACAAGGAAGUUUGUGUUGACGUCAGUUAUAGCGUUGUAAAUAAACACUUUGGUUUAAUUUUAACGCAAAACAAUAAAGCUACUUUUAGAACACAUUUUGCAUGUACAUAAACAUGUAUAUGUUUAUUACCUAAUUCAUCCAAUGUUAGAUGAAUUUAAAGCGAAAUAUCGGGUGUUUUUUUAAUAGACUUUUUCUCAUCAUCGCAUCCAAAAUAAGCCUAUUUUGUAUGAAUUUAUUAACAUGACUACUGUAGGUGUUUAGUCAUUAUAGGUGUUCUUUUAAGCUGCUAAAAUAAGAGAUUUCUCUCAAUGUGACUGAACGGGGAAAAAUAUGUUAUUAAGAUCUUUCCUAAGAUGGAAAUUUUACGUUGGUUGGUUAUACAAUACAGUUAGUUCUAGUGAUUAAUUAGUUGUCAUCCAUUUUGCUCACACGGAAGAAUAUGUCUCUGUCGUAUCACAUCGUGCUUGUUAAAGAGAUUAUAGACAUUACGAGUAAAUGAAAAUGCUUGUAGAACAAACAAAAAAUUCACCUUUUAAAGUAUGCGACAAUGCAUGAUUUUAUCUAUAAAACAUGCCUUUCAAUACGAUCACAAUUUUCUUCAAGGCAUUGUCGUCUUUUCUUAAAGCGCGUUACAAAAAUAAGAUCUGUCUCGCGACAAGACUUCACACAAAUUUCUUUAAUUUGACAAACGUUAUCCAUUUUCUACAUGUAUGACGACACAGUUCCAGUUUCUUUGCUUAAUUAAGUUAACACAUCAUUAGAAAGAAUAUUUCAAUACAUCAUGGACUUAUGUAAGUGUCAUCGUUAUUUUGGCGUAGUGUUUGUGGUGUUGGGGUACGUAAUGCCUUCAGAAAUUACAACAUAACAUUAGAGGAUAAAAUAUGCAUUUUAGUUGUUAUUCAUAAGUGUGAUUUUAAUCACGUUAAAUAAUAAAUGAAGUCACUUUUAAUCAAUAAAAAAUAUGAAUUUCUUAUAAAAUUACUAAAUAUUCAUUAUUAAAUUUCAUUUUUACUUAAUUUCUUAAAAGUAUAAUAUUACGGAAGCUUGACUAUGAUUAGCUGUGGAUUAUUAUUAUUUUAUUUUUUGUAAUUUGCUUUAUGCUAAUAAUAAUGUUUAUAUUGAAAUGACAAUUUCUUAAAAAUGUUAGUAUAUUUUAGUUCCUUAUCGGCCGAGGAUACUUCUGAAUAUAUAAUUAUUAUGUAAAAUCCUCGUAGUGUUCCCCUGGUGGUGAAAGUUAUAAACAUGCUUUAAUCUUCAGUAACCAUUAUAUCGUUUAAAUAUAUAUAUAUAUAUAUAUAUAUAUUGGUGUUAUUAGAGCAAAUUAUGGUUUAAUAAAACAUUUUUCUGACAAACACU